AUGGGCCUCUAUAUCCCAUUCUCCAAAAUCCAUCCCGACCUAUCCCUCCUCUGCAUCGACCGCUGGACCCAAGGCCCAGACGCUGCGCGCUCCGGCCCCGCGUUACUCUCGGAGCUCAGCUCCACCACCCUAGAGCUCCUCGACAGCCUCAAAGUCAACACCUUCAGCAUCGCGGCCCACUCAGCCGGCGUGUACCAAAUGCUCGAUCUAGCCGAGGAAGCUCCAGGGCGCACGCAGCACGUCUUCCCUAUCUCGACGCAUACCCCGGCUCCGUAUUUAAGUCCCGGGUGA